CUCUGUUUCAUAUACAAAAAAAGAAAAGAAGCUAUGCUUCAAUCAAAGCAAAAAAGUUUUCCACUUUCAUCAAUGGCAUCACCAGCCUACACAACUCCAUUGUUAUCCGAAUCAUCAAACAGCAUAAUAAGCACCACAAGCAGCAGCAGUGAAUCAGAAGAAAGCCCGGAAACUUCGCAAAGAUUUCAAGAUUUCCAAUUAUUAGAUCUUCAAUUCAAGAUUUCAAGAACCCCCAUUUCUUGUUUUCACUCUUACAAAUCCUUAGCUGUUCUUUCAGGCCAUGUAGGAACAGUUUCUUGUUUAGCCCUUUGUGGGGAAUUCAUCCUCAGUGCUUCUCAAGGUAAAGAUAUAAUCGUCUGGCAACAGCCUGAUUUACGCCAAUUUACGAAAUUUGGAACAGGGGAUGGCUCUGUUAAAGCACUUGUCACUAUUGGCAACAAAGUUUUCACAGCACAUCAAGAUUCCAGGAUUCGUGUAUGGAAAGUUUCGAGAAGAUCAGAAAAUGUUUUCAGAUUAAUCGAUACAUUGCCUACAACAAAAGAUUAUCUUGGAAAAUUCAUGAAACAGAGCAAUUAUGUUCAGACAAGAAGACAUCAUAAGAAACUCUGGAUUGAACAUGCUGACAGCAUUUCUUGUUUAGCUGUUUCUAACGGCUACAUUUACUCAGGUUCUUGGGAUAAAAGCUUGAAAGUGUGGAGAAUUUCUGAUCUGAAGUGUUUGGAGUCAAUAAAAGCACACGACGACGCGAUAAAUGGAUUAGUCGCUAGUAAAAAUGGGGUUGUUUAUUCAGCUUCUGCUGAUGGAAAGAUUAAAGCUUGGAAAAAUAGUUCUGGUACACAUUCACUUAAGGGUAUUUUGGAAGGUCAUAAAGAUGUUUCUUUGAACUCUGUUGUGGUUUCUGAAGAUGGGGUUUUUGUAUAUGGUGGAGGAUCAGAUGGGUAUGUAAUGGGGUGGGUGGGUAACAAAAAUCUUGAUAGUUGGAAACUGAUAUGUGAAGUGAAAGCACAUGAAAUGGCUGUUUUGUGUAUGUGUUUGAUGAUGGGUGAAUUUUUGUGUAGUGGAUCAGCUGAUAAGAGUAUUUGUAUAUGGAAAAGAGAGAUUAAUGGAGGGUUGUUUAAAUUUGGUGUUAUUAAAGGACAUGAAGGACCUGUUAAGUGUUUACAAGCUUCAACAGGUAGUGUUGGGGGUGGGUUUAUGUUGUAUAGUGGGAGUCUUGAUAAGAGUUUAAGAGUUUGGUGGAUUCCAAAGUAUGGUGAUGGUGAUGGUGAUGAGAAAAAGGACUCAUCUUUGAUCACAAAGUGAAGAU